AUGGCAUCACUGUUCUAUAUACUAGACAGCAAAGGUGCCCCACUCAUUUGCCGCUCAUACCGUGGCGACAUUGUGCAGGACCCUCCAGCUGUCUUUCAGCGUCGUGUGUUGGAUGAAGAAGAGUUUCGUGUCACGCCUGUGUUUGAGGAGCAGGGCCACACGUACUGCUUUAUUCGCGUGAAUGACGUCUUUUUUAUGAUGGUUAGCAAAAUUAAUACUUGUCCGCUACAGCAGAUCGCCUUUAUGCACUCCUGUGCCCAGGUGUUUGAGGGAUACUUCAGGCACGUCUCUGAGGAGACUGUUGUGGAUAACUUUGUUAUUGUGUAUGAGCUUCUUGACGAGAUGUGUGACUUUGGUCUGCCGCAGUACACAGAGGCGAAGGUGCUGAAGGAGUACAUCACCCAAGAAGGCCUCAUCUCCCACUUGCUGCCAGAGGAGAAAUUAAAUGUGAAGGCACUACCACCGGCGGUUACGGGUGUAGGGGGUGGGACGCCUUGGCGUAUGCCAGGCAAGUACAAAUACCGCAGAAAUGAGGUGUUUUUGGACGUGGUGGAGAACGUCAGCCUUCUUGCCUCACCCGAGGGUGAGACGCUUUCCAGUGAAAUUGUUGGCCAACUGAAGAUGCGGGUGCGGCUCUCUGGUAUGCCGACGCUGAAGCUUGGUCUCAACGACAAGGCCAUGCUUGGCAUGACAGGGCGAUCAGGGCGCUUGGUGGAGAUGGCGGAUGUGAAGUUUCACCAAUGUGUGCGCCUCGAUCAGUUUGAGAGCGAUCGCAUCAUCUCAUUUAUCCCUCCAGACGGAAACUUUGAUUUGAUGACGUACCGCACUAGCAGGAAGAUUUCCCCGCUUGUGCAUGUGGAGUGCACAUUUUUCAGCAAAGGGUCAACGCAGGUGGAGAUGACCAUUACGGCUCGCACCACAUUUCGCCGUAACACGACGGCGAGCUUUGUUGAUAUUCUCAUUCCCAUCCCAGGCGAUGCAGAUAAGCCGGAGGCGAAGUGUUCGCUAGGAAGACUUCACUACGCGCCGGAGUCAAGCGUGCUCAUCUGGAGCCUGCGCAACCUUGGCGGGGGAAAGCAGUUCAGCUGUCUGUGCAAAUUUCAUCUUCCCUCUGUGCGCAGCAGCGAUCCGAAGGCUCUCGAGAAGGCACCCAUUCAAGUGAAGUUUGAGAUUCCUUUUCUCACCGCCUCUGGCUUUCAGGUACGUUAUUUAAAGGUGGUGGAGAAGUCCAACUAUGAGGCGUUGCCAUGGGUCAGGUACAUCACGCAGAGCGGGGACUAUCAGAUACGAACGCAUUGA